AUGUUUCGUGUCUCCUUCCCAUUGUUUUGCACAAUGCCAUCCGUGGAGACAGCUUUCCGUCGAGCCCUCGGUGCACAGAGCAUUGUACUCGACCUCGUUCCAGUGAAAAAGCCACUCAUUGAUGGAUCCCUCAGUUGGUUCGUCGACAAGAACGUUGAAAUCGUUCUUGUUUCUGGCGUGUGCGGAACAUCCCCUGAUCUGGUUGCCGAACGCGUGAAGUCGCAGGCGGUACAGCUUCUUCAGAUUUGCGGAGAGGGCGAUGCACAGAAAGGGUGCCACGCCAUUAAGCACUGGGUGGAAAAGGCAGCAGGUACACGAAGUCUUCUCUGCAGCAUGGACCUUCAGGUGCGGCUCCUCUUUUCUCGCCAGGUAGUCACUGAUGGAGGGAAAUUAUCAGCAACUUCGUCCAGUGGCAAUCAAGCGCUAGACAAAGUGGGGAACCGAAUUCACUGUUCCAUUUACGAAACAGAUGCUUGGGAGCCGUACUCCCGGGAGCGGCAUCUUGGGGAUGUGACCGCUGACGCGUUACUUGAAGAGGUACUGCACAAGGCGCUACAGAUAGUGCAGCGAGAUGCAGAAGUAAAGGAACAGCAUCUUGUUAGCGAAUCAGAACGGGAACUCAACUUGGUACUUUCGUGCGGAAAGGAACCAGGAGUAUGGAGUCCCGAUGUCAACGCAUAUCACUUGGAGUUCAGCCACAUGAAGUGCAAAGAUAGGGAGCUUUGCACCGACUUGGGUGCUAUCGCGGUCUCGUGGGGCGUGCAUGACCGUUCAGAGAACGUCGAGAUGUUUAACGUACCUCUCGUUAGGUUAAAGGACAGUAGUGGUUUAGUUUAUGGUGACUGCCUUGACGACCCCCAACAAAGUCUAAUUGAUGAGGAAACUGUUUCGCUCCUCGAGGCGAAGGGAGCCAUUGACACCAUAACAGGGUUGGUGGAUGCAACAUGCGUGCGGAAGGUUGCCAACUCAGUUUGGUCAAUACCCCUCCUUCACGCACAGCUCCUACAGGCGGGCCUUGAGUUUCUGUGUGGCUAUUGGUCUCCUACUCGUGUGGAGGAUUAUAUGAGGAGUUGUGGCCGGCUUGACAUUGAUGUGUGGCUGAGUGAAAGAGGUCGACCGGCUACCAUUCCAAUGCUUCCCCGCUGCGCGUCAUUGCUUGGUCACAUGUGCUAUCUUCAAGAGUCCUUACCCCUCGAAUAUGUGCGGAGCCCAAUGAUGCUGCUUACUUCUGCGGGGAGAAUGGAUUUCAAGUUUUAUAUGGCGACUACGACAGGUGGCCAUGUAGUGACUGCAACAAGUUGUUUUAGUUCCGCUGAAGCUGCGUGCUCGCUGUUGUUUCCGUGCCACUCAGCAAUGGUCCAAUCAGCCGGUGUCGGCGAUUCUCACCGCUACACCGAUAUUGAUCACCAGCGAAACGAACACGUGUGUACCCUUACUGAGGUGAACUCCAGUACAAAUCGCAACAAGAAAUCUGGGGGUAGCGGGGAUAACGAUCAGCGUCCUUCAGUAACUGUACGGGUUAUCGAUGUAGAAGCCUCUUUGAGGAAAUUGGGUGUGGUACGAGGCAGCUUCGCCAAUGCGACCGUUCAGUACUUCGACGAUACUGGCCAAGUUGUGCUGCAGUUCAACGAAAUGGAUUCGAUUCGAGGUAUUGCUAGGAUGAUAAAGCGUGUGCGGUGGAGCAAGGGGGCCACUUUCACCUCAGUUGAUCUGCAAAAUGGUCCACGCGCACCAGUCGUCAUCGCCUCACGUGCAUUGGGCAGCACUUCGUUACCGAAACCGCCUCCCUAUUCAAAAAAGUUUCGAUUACCCAUCCCCCUAGUUCCUGGCGGGUACUCCCAGCUGCGGUUCACGAGUGCUUUGGAGAUGAAUGUCAUUGAGUGCAAAAUACUCGAAAUGUUCAAGAAUUCAGCUGAGGAUCCGUUAAAGUGGCAUCUUCACUAUUUCGCACCAUGUUACUUUAACAAGUGGCGGAUGACCCGCGGGAUUGUUUCAACUCUCAUGCACUAUGACCCCCAAUUCCACUAUAUGGUGGAACGCUGCCGCUCCUCCUCAUUAUCGGGUGGCAGCGGAACUGGUGGUGGUUCCAACGGACGUGACGACACGAGCGGUAACGAUAACGGGGGAGCGUUGGUGUUGCGCCUCUACUCCGGCGAGAGAUUGAUGGAGGAGGUAAAGUUGCAGGAGUCUACGCUGCUGUUCCAGGUACGAGAAAAUCUGAUACGUUACGCCAGCCGUUGGUCGAUGGAGGUCCCUUCCCUUGAGGAGGCGGCCUUUCCGCUUAAGGAAUUCAAGAAAGGUGGUGCGUGCACAUUUAGGAAUUUUGUAUCGUGGUUCCUACAGAACAGCGAGGUUUUCACAACUCAUGGGGAAAAUGUUUCCCUGGAACUUGAGAUCACCACUAAUGUGAGGAUCCAGCUUGCUUCCUGUCGUGACUGGAGUGGACCAAGCCCAACACGUGAUGAGUUGUGCAGGUUGUUUCUCGAGAGUCAGUUUCCCUUAUUGGUGCCAAUCGUCGAAAUUCAAAAACGACUUUAUUAUUUUUUUGACAAUUGUACUAUUCCUGGCGAGCUCACAAUCCGUUGCGUUGGCAGCGACGCAUGUGUCGAGGGAGAUAGGGUGAUUAGGUGCAAUUACCGCUGGGAAUUAUUACAGGUAGACUCAGGGACGGGUGUCGAAUGCCUGUUAGCGUCGUUGGAGGCUACAGAGGGUGAUUCGAGGCGAGCGGCACUUGAGAAACUCUUAACGAAAGUGUGGACAAGUUGCUGUGCAGCACCUAGACCUACGACGCAGGCGAAGCGGGGCUCAAAGUUGGAAGGUUCGGGCCACCCAUCUCACCAUUGUCCAAAAAGCACUAUCGCAUGGUAUCAACAUCUACUUGCUCAACAACGGGGCUUACAUAAAGUUGUGCAUGAGUAUGAUGCAAAGAACAAUGUAUUAACUGUUAAGGGCAUCAGCGCAGACACAAACAAGGGGGUUAAUGUGUCCGGUACAGUUAUCCGGGUUGUACCACUAAGGAGUGAGUAUCCACUUAUCUUUCUUCUGCAUCGGUACUACCGGAUGGAACUGGGUCUCCCUGACCCCCCGCAGCCGAGGGGAGAGGAUGAAUUACGUGUAGUGAGCCUUUUAACGCUUUAUCAAGAUUGUAACCAGCAUUUCCCAGCAUCCUUCCCGCCAAUCAGUGAGGCCAUCACAACCAUUAGCGGGAAGAAUCACUGGCGGGUGAUUCUACGGCUGCCUUCAAACCUUUUUGCACUUGAAACACCUAGUCACCUGGAGUACGUCUACCUCGGAAAAGGUAAACACGAAGGAAAGAGGGCAGUGGUAUGCGAUUUCUACAGAUCCCUACAUGGCAAAGCACCCGCGUCGUUGCAGGAAUAUCUAUCGAAGGUAACUAGUUUGAGUCCUCCGACAGUUGGUGAGGAAAAGUGCUCUAGUUGUGUUCUCGAUGGUAUAAAACCUGUGGUUGUGGCAAAACCUCGUCGUGGCGGUCACAAUAGCAUGUAUGACGAGUUGCGGCGGCUGAUUGGGGAGGCCCUUCUUCAACAUGUAGGCUACGAGGGUCUGGUGGAGUGCCGACUUAGCUACAUUACCGGCAUCUCUGCCAGCUAUGUUGGCCAGUCUUCGUCUAAUGAUGAUUGUGUUGACCUCUUUCGCGUAGUAAUUAACACCGAGGAGUGGCUGCCAUUUCAGCUACUGAGGGCUCUCGCGUCGUGCGCACGUCGUCUUUUAUCCAUAGUUGAUCUUGAGGCUUCUCUAUUUCGCCUCCGCUCCAGGUGGCCGUCGUUAUUUUUGGAAGCUUCGUCUAAUGAACGACUAUUCUGCACGACUUUCCUGAGGCGUUAUUGGGGCCUCCGCGUCUACGAAGGAGACGACGUGGACGAGUUUACAAAGGUUCCAGGUUCCAUCUAUCUUGUUGAACGCGUACGUCCUGUUAGCAGUGGUCGCGAUUCCGGCCAUUACGAGGCCUCAUUACUGCUUUUGCAAGCACCGUUUCCUCCCAGCACCACAGCAUUUACGAAAGUUUUGGCGUUGCAUCGUAACGUCUCUGCGGCGCGCGCACGGUUCGGUUUGUGGGCACAAGUAUCACGGAAACUUGUACGCCCACAGGAAUCGGACGCACCUCUGGAAGCAUUUGACCGAGCGGUUAUCUCCACUUCCGGUGCCACUUCCUCUGGCACGGAGGUAAGGGGAGAAUAA